UUGGUAUCUUGCUUUUUGUUUCUACUCGGCGCUUGAAAAUGAAACACCACUAUGUAACGCAAUCAAAACAAGGUAGAUUUAGACUGAAAUAAACUCGCUAAAAUCGAGGUAUUGCGUUAAUUUUUAGUAUAGAAACAUGCUGUCGGAAAUGUAAGUCAACCCUGGAGACAGGCUGCAACGGAAGGGCAUUCUUACAAAAAACGCUUGUCCAGCGUGGCCAGCCCUCACUAUGAAGACGAACAAGUCGUACAAACUGGUGCUCCACAAGAAAGGCUUUGGGGGGAGCGACGAUGAGCUUAUGGUGAACCCCAAAGUGUUCCCUCAGGUGUCGAUCGGGGACAUCGUUGAGAUCGCGCACCCCAACGAUGAGUACAGUCCCCUCCUGCUGCAGGUGAAGAGUUUAAAAGAAGACCUCCAGAAAGAGACCAUCAGUGUGGACCAGACAGUGGCUCAGGCCUUCAAACUCCGGGCCUACCAGGACGUCUUCAUCAACAUUGUGGAUCCCAAGGAUGUGACUCUGGACCUUGUAGAGCUGACCUUCAAAGACCAGUAUAUCGGACGAGGAGACAUGUGGAGACUGAAGAAGAGUUUGGUGAGCACCUGUGCAUAUGUGACCCAGAAGGUAGAGUUUGCUGGGAUAAGGGCUCAGACCAGUGAAUUGUGGGUAAAAGGAGAGAAGGUGACCUGCGGCUACAUCAGUGAAGACACCCGGGUGGUGUUUCGCUCUACCUCGGCAAUGGUGUACAUCUUCAUCCAGAUGAGCUGCGAAAUGUGGGAUUUUGAUAUCUAUGGUGACCUGUAUUUUGAGAAGGCGGUAAAUAGCUUCCUCUCAGACCUGUUUGCCAAAUGGAAGGAAAAGAACUGCAGCCAUGAGGUGACUGUGGUGCUGUUCUCCCGCACCUUCUACAAUGCCAAAUCCAUGGAUGAAUUUCCAGAGAUACUGAGGGGGUCUAUCAGGCAGGACCACGAGGGCCGCUUCUACGAGGAUUUCUACAGGGUGGUGGCGCAGAAUGAGAGGAGAGAGGAAUGGACGUCUCUGCUGGUCACCAUCAAGAAGCUCUUCAUUCAGUAUCCUGUGUUAGUGAGACUGGAGGGAGCAGAUGAUUUUCCUAGUGCAUACAACUCCACUGCGGCUCAGGGAAAUUACCUGGAGGCCAUCAACCUCUCAUUCAAUGUGUUCGACAAGCACUUCAUCAACCGCAACUUCGACCGCACGGGGCAGAUGUCCGUGGUCAUCACGCCCGGGGUGGGCGUGUUCCAGGUGGACCGGCUGCUCAUGAUCCUCACCAAGCAGCGAAUGAUCGACAACGGUAUCGGUGUGGACCUGGUGUGCAUGGGAGAGCAGCCCCUCCACGCUGUCCCCCUCUUCAAGCUGCACAAUCGCACGGUGCCUGGAGACUCCAGGCUGGGAGACGACUACAACCUUCCUCACUGGAUAAACCACAGUUUCUACACGUCCAAAAGCCAGGGCUCCUGCAACUGCUUCACUCCACGAAUCAAACUGGCUGGUCGCAAGGUCCUAUCAGAAAAAUUCAAGAGCAACAAAGACCACGCCCUGGGAGCCCCGAAGGACUCUGAGAACAGCCUGCCCAUCCAGGUGGACUACGACGCCUACGAUGCGGGGGUCUUCAGGCUUCCCGGGCCCUCCCGAACGCAGAGGAGUACCAAUUUCAGGGCAGUGAGGGAGAGAGAGACCAGCGGGCGGAAGAGCUGGGGCUCGAUGGACGUGAGCGGGGGAGGGGCAGGGGGCGGAGCCUCCCCCCCGGCCCGCGCGGCGGCCGGCCCGGAAGAGCAGCGGAGCCUGGCGUCGGACGACAGCCUGGGCAAGGUGUCCAACAUCCUGCUGAUCCCGCGCCUGCCCCCCGCCCAGUACGAGGUCAGCAGCUCCCUGGGGUACACCAGCACCCGAGAGCUGCUGGAGAAGAUGAUGGAGUCUCAGCGGGACUCCAGUGCCCCGGGCCGCUUCACGGUGGGCAGCGCGGAGUCCACCCUCCACGUGCGCCCGGGCGGGUACACCCCCCAGAGAGCGCUCAUCAACCCCUUCGCCCCGUCCCGCAUGCCCAUGAAGCUCACCUCCAACCGCCGCCGCUGGAUGCACACCUUCCCCGUGGGGCCUUCUGGGGAGGCCAUCCAGAUCCACCACCAGACCCGGCAGAACAUGGCCGAGCUGCAGGGCAACGAGCAGCGAGACCCCGCCCACACCUCCGCAGAGCUGCUGGAGCUGGCCUAUCACGAGGCCACUGGCAGGAGAACCGCGUCGCGUCAGAUGGGGGAGAGCGGCUUCUACACAAACACCGGGACGGAUGAGUUCAGUGAGAGCCCGGCCAAGAGUAACGGCACCGGAACCCCAGUCAAGCGCGGCUCCUCGUUUGAAGACUCCUCCACCAGUAGCCCAGACCCGACCCUGCUGCUGUCUGCUCCGCCCACAGUGCCCAGCUUCUGCUGCACGGUGGGGGUGGACUGGAAGUCCCUGACCACGCCCGCCUGCCUGCCCCUCACCACCGACUACUUCCCCGACCGGCAGGCCCUGCAGAACGACUACACGGAGGGCUGCUACGACCUGCUGCCGCACACCGACCUGGACAGGCGUGAGGAUGAGGGUCCAGUGAUGACGGCCCCUCAGGUUUUUGAGGAGUUCAUCUGCCAGCGCCUGAUGCAGGGCUACCAGAUAAUCGUCCAGCCCAGCAACAGGAAGACUCCGCCCUCUGCGGCCCCGCCCCUCAGCAGCAGCCCUCUGUACUCAAGAGGGCUGGUGUCGCGGCGCAGGCCCGAGGAGGAGGAGAGUGUGUACUGGCUCAGCAUGGGCCGCACUUUCCACAAGGUCUGCCUGAAGGACAAGAUCAUCACCGUCACCCGCUACCUGCCCAAGUACCUGUAUGAGUCGGCGCAGAUCCAGUAUAAUUACAGUCUGUGCCCGCCCCACUCUGACGCCCACUUCAUGUCCUGCUGGGUGGAGUUUGGCCACGAGCGGCUGGAGGAGUACAAGUGGAACUACCUGGACCAGUACAUCUGCUCCGCCGGCUCCGAGGACUUCAGCCUGAUCGAGUCUCUGAAGUUCUGGCGCACGCGCUUCCUGCUGCUCCCUGCGGGGGGCGCGCGGCGGGUGACGGAGGUGGAGGGGCACUGGGACGUGUACGGGGACGGCCCGGGGGCGGGGCGCGAGGGGGCGGGGGACUGGGCCCUGCUCGACGGCUUCGUCCGCUUCCUGGAGGGCCUGAACCGCAUCCGCCGCCGACACCGGUCCGAUCGCAUCAUCAGGAAAGGAGCAGCCAUAAAGGGUCUGCAGGUGUCUGGUCCCCUGGCUGUGUACCCUCCUGAGCCCACAGCGCCCCCUCCAGGCAAGAAGGGAACAUCGGCGCUGUCUGCCCUGCUGGAAAUGGAGGCCAAUCACAAGAGUCUGGAGGAGCAGCAGGCCGCGCUGUUCACAGGAAAGCCUGCCGCGCCCCCUACCGACUCUGUGGCCGUCUCCAUGACGACCUACGUGGACAGCCCCCGGAAGGACGCCGCCUUCUUUUUGGACUUUGUCCGUAGCCCUCGCUCGUCCUACAUCUAUCACUCUCAGAUGCCAGUCGAUCAGGCAGCAGCCAAUCCUGCAGAGGGUGGAACUGUAGACAAGGGAGCUGUCCAGGGAGGGGAACGAACCACAGCGACAAGCUACACCCACCCAGGAACUGGCUCUGUCACUCAGGUGACAGGGGAGGUGGCACAGACACCUGGGGCUGCCACGGAGACCAGUGGGCAGUCGGGCUCUGGUGGGUCCAGUCUGUCCUCCUCCUCCACUAUAAUGGAGAUACUGGAGGCCAUCAAGCACCCCACGACUGGAGUGCAGCUGUUAUCUGAGCAGAAGGGGCUGGGCCUCCACUGUUUCAUCAGCGCAGAGGUUGUCCAUUGGCUGGUCAGCAAUGUUGAGGGCGUGGCCACACAGGGCAUGGCUGUAGACGUCAUGCAGAAGAUGCUGGAUGAGGGGCUGAUCGCUCACGCGUCAGGUGAUGCCAUGCGCACCUUCAUCUACGGCUUCUACUUCUACAGGAUCGUGAGCGAGAGAGACCCUGAACGGGGCUCGGCGGCCCAGCUGCCCUCGGCGGGGGCGGGGGCGGGGGGGUGGUCUCCGGCGGCCCUGGAGGACUUCGCCCUGUUCCAGAGGAAGUGGUUCGAGGUGGCCUUCCAGCUGGAGGAGCGGCGGCCCUGCGACCUUCCCGCCUUCCUGUUGCCCUGGUUACCCAGCCGGCCGGCCUCGUACGCAAGUAGGCACAGCUCCUUCAGCCGCAGCUUCGGAGGACGCAGCCAAGCCGCCGCACUGCUAGCCGCCAGCGUGCCGGAGCAGAAGACGGUCACGCUGGACGUGGACGUGAACAACCGCAGCAACCGCACCGAGUGGUGCAGCUGCUAUUACCACGGCAACUUCGCCCUCAACGCCGCCUUCGAGAUCAAGCUGCACUGGAUGGCCGUGACCGCCGCCGUGCUGUUCGAGAUGGUGCAAGGCUGGCACAGGAAGGCGGCGUCGUGCGGCUUCCUGCUGGUUCCUGUGCUGGAGGUGCCCUUUGCUCUGCCCUCCUAUCUCUAUGGCGACCCGCUGCGCGCCCAGCUUUUCAUCCCCCUCAACAUACAGUGCCUGCUGAGAGACGGCAGCGACAACCUGUUUGAGGGCUUCGAACCCGAGACGUACUGGGACAGAAUGCAGCUGUUCCAGGAAUCCAUACUGUACAGGUUCGGCUUCGUUCAGGAUAAGUUCUCAGCCUCAGCUUUCAAUUUCCCCUCUGAGAACAAGCCGCAGUACAUCCAUGUGACAGGCACGGUCUUCCUGCAGCUGCCCUACUCCAAGCGUAAGUACUCCAGCGGGCAGCAGCGCAGGCGGAGGAACUCCACCACCUCGGCCAAUCAGAGCCUGUUCGGGCCGGACGAGCAGGUGGGCUACAGCUGGGCCUACAACACCAUGCUGACCAAGGCGUGGCGCACGGGCGUGCUGGGCGACGAGCGGCUGGCCGACCGGCUGCUGCGCGACUUCACCGACUUCUGCGCCAACAAGGACGGCCGCCUCGCUGCCUUCUGGGACGGCUGCCUGGAGAAGAUGAACGCCAGCGCCCCCUGAAGGCCGGGCUCUGCCAAGCGCCACCGAGGAACUGAGAAACUGCUGCACUGUGGGCCACUCCCACCCCCCACCCCCCGACCACCCAAGUCAUGUGAAUAAAUAUGAAGGUUAAUUUAU